AUGUCUUUUAAUUAUCAAUUAAUCGAGGAAGAUUUAACGUGUCCAGUCUGUCUGGAUUUAUUUAAAGAGCCUAGAAUACUGCCUUGCUCGCACAGCCUCUGCCGAAAAUGUUUGAAAGAUUUGUUAGGGAAAUGUGAGAAAUCUGCAAUAAAGGGUAUUUUUUUUUGA